GUUAAUGGUUAUUUGCAAACAUCAAAUAAAAUUUUAAAAAACUAAUAAAGUCUCCACUCGACUCACUCCAACAAUUUCUAAACCCCUAACAGCAACAAAGAAAAUACCACAAAUUUCUCCACCGGCCACCACCAUCAUCGUUCCAUAGGCACUCUAUUUUUGCAGCUUCGAGUUCUUUUAGGUGAUUUUCUGUUGGAGUUUUUUGGUAGGGAGGGAAAGUUUGUGUUACGUGAAUCAAUAUGAAAUCGCCGGCGUCAGCUUCAUGGAAAGCCCCUCUAAAGUUCAGGAUGCCGACAGCUGAAAAUUUAAUACCCAUUAGGCUUGACAUAGAAGUCGAUGGACAGCCCUAUAAAGAUGCUUUCACUUGGAACCCUUAUGAUCCGGAUUCAGAGGUGGUGAUGUUUGCAAAAAGGACUGUAAAAGACUUGAAGCUUGCCCCUGGUUUCCUUCCGCAAAUUGUUCAAUCCAUUCAGUCACAGCUUGCCACCUUUCAAUCAUAUGAAGGUCAAGACAUGUACGUUGGUGACCAGAUCAUUCCAAUUAAGCUUGAUCUUCAAGUCAAUCAUACAGUUAUCAGGGACCAGUUUUUAUGGGACUUGAACAACUUUGAUAGUGAUCCUGAAGAAUUUGCUAGAACUCUCUGCAAAGAUUUAGGCAUUGAAGACCCUGAAGUUGAGCCUGCAAUUGCCUUUGCAAUUAGGGAGCAACUUUAUGAGAUUGCAAUUCAAAAUGUAACUACAGCAAGGGAGAACAGAAUAAGCAAAAAGGGUCGUCGGGCUGCUGAACAUUUCACUCCCAGUAAAGCUAGUGGUGCUGCACUGGACUUGACGAAGUUAUUCAGUUUCAGAUCAAGUGUUGUCUGGAAAAGAAAGGACUGGGAUUAUUAUAAACCUGUUCUUGACCUUUUAUCUAAUGAGGACGUGGAUGCUCUCAAAGCCAAAGAAGAAAGGAGUGGCUGGCUUGACAUAGAAGUCGAUGGACAGCGCUAUAAAGAUGCUUUCACUUGGAAGCCUUAUGAUCCGGAUUCAGAGGUGGUGAUGUUUGCAAAAAAGGACUGUAAAAGACUCGAAGCUUGCCAAAGAACAACUAUCCUAUACAUCAACCUCCUUUUGUAUCCUCUGCCUUUGUUGGGCUCUGUUGGUUCUUCCUUCACUUUAUCUGAUCGUUCGAGGUUCCUUUCUCUCUAUAUGUCUCCAAUUUUCGAGAUCUGUGGAUUUAUUUUCUAUAUGGUUUCCGCGGCAUUUGUCUGUUGUUGCUGGUUUUUUUUAUUCAACCAUGAAUAGGAACUUUGACAGAUUUUGGGUGAAUGUAAUCGUUGAAAAGAAGAAAAAAGAACCAGCGCUGUUUAAUAAAUGUAGACUUGGAAUAUUAGCAUUUGCAACUUCUCUUUUGUAAAAAAUAUGUAUAAAAUUUUUGAAAUUUGCUUUUUAUUUUGUUUUUUAAA